AUGAGGGAUCGACAACAAUACGUGGAGUACACUGGUUACACAUCAGAACCAUACUACACAAGGUCAGGCGUGAGUCAGGGUAGUAACCUUGGACCUUUUGAGUUCAUCGUAAUGAUAAAUGAUCUGCCGAAGGUCGUGAGAGACGCCAAGUGUUUACUUUUCGCGGACGACCUGAAGCUGUAUCUUGCGAUCAAAGAUCCUGAGGACAGUGUGAAGUUGCAGAAGGACAUCGAUAGAGUUGUGGCUUGGAGCGAGGAGAACAGGUUACAAUUUAACACCUCCAAGUGUGUAACAAUAUCUUUCACACGCGCACACAAUCCUACCCUGAAUGAUUAUAAGGUAGCAGGGGUCACGAUGACGAGGGUGACCGAAGUUAGGGAUCUGGGUGUCCAGCUUACUUCGAGUUUGACAUUCAAAGAUCACGUCACCAAAAUUUGCAAAAAAGCUUAUCGCAAUUUAGGCUUUAUACUACGCAGAUCUCAGGGGUUUAAGAACAUCGGAGCCAUCGUCGCACUUUAUAACGCGUUAGUUAGAAGUCACCUCGAAUGUAACUCGGUUGUUUGGUCACCACAUGAAACCAAGUACAGCGUGAUGCUCGAGCGGAUUCAGAACAAAUUUAUAAGAUAUUUAUAUAUGAGACGGUACGGGGUGUACCCAUUUUACCCGUUGAAGUAUCCCACCUUAUUCGUUCUGGGCAUGGUGGGGUAUAACGAACUCAGGGUGAGGAGGGAACUCGCACUGUCCAUAUAUAUUUUUAAAUUGAUGCGAGGCAAGGUGAGUAACCUUGAGCUCCUGGGACACAUACGGUGGAGCGUGCCCAGCCGCUACGUGGAGCGGAGGCGGCGGCCGCGGCUGCUGGACACGCCGCGCGCGCGCACGCUCCUGCUGCGGGAGGCACCGCUCACUCGCGCCAUGCGCCUUAUUAAUACGUUAGCGGAUCGAAUUGAUUUAUUUGCUUGCUCUCUGAAUGAGUUCACAAUAGCUGCUCUAUACGUGAUUUGUUAUUGUUAA